AUGAAGAGGAAUAAGAGUUUCCAUGGUACUAUACUUCUAUUGUUCCUCUUUCACACAUUAACACUUUUAAACAUUGAUCCUGUGAUUGCCGAUGAUAGUGGUAAUUCUUCCCCCCAAACGCCGCCAGAAACUAGCAGUCCUAUAAAUGGUGUAAUCGGCGAUGAAAAUAAUGGAUUGGAACAUUUGAGUAGUUCUGGUCUGGAAGUUGAUGAUAACCUGCCCGAAUUACUCAAAACUUCUCCAUUUUCAGGCCAAAAUUCAGAUGUUCAAUCUGCUUCAACACCAGUUGAACCCACUACUCCUGUUCAUUCCAAUGACCAAUCUAAUCCUAUCACCAAUAAAGUUGAUACCAAUUCUAAUGACCAUACUGAUAUUAAGAAUGAAGGUUCAUCCCAUCGUACUUCAUCCAACAAUUCUUCUGUCACAACCAAUACUAAUAAUGAGAUUAGAAAUGGCGGAGGACCAUUAGAUCAGAAUGAAGAUAAGGCUGAAGAUGAAGGUGAAACUGAUGCCGAAGGGAGAGGAUGGAAUGAGAGAACGAAAAAUAAACCUACAUUUAAUGCCACAAAUCGCGAUUUUGUUGAUGAUAACCUGCCCGAAUUACUCAAAACUUCUCCAUUUUCAGGCCAAAAUUCAGAUGUUCAAUCUGCUUCAACACCAGUUGAACCCACUACUCCUGUUCAUUCCAAUGACCAAUCUAAUCCUAUCACCAAUAAAGUUGAUACCAAUUCUAAUGACCAUACUGAUAUUAAGAAUGAAGGUUCAUCCCAUCGUACUUCAUCCAACAAUUCUUCUGUCACAACCAAUACUAAUAAUGAGAUUAGAAAUGGCGGAGGACCAUUAGAUCAGAAUGAAGAUAAGGCUGAAGAUGAAGGUGAAACUGAUGCCGAAGGGAGAGGAUGGAAUGAGAGAACGAAAAAUAAACCUACAUUUAAUGCCACAAAUCGCGCUUCUCCCGAUGGAAUUGGCAAAAUGAACAUGGAAGAAAAACAGUUGGAGAAUUUUAUAAAUGUAUCAUCCAACGCUCUUGAAUUAGAUAUCUCAAUUGGCCGGGAUAAUUUUGCUACUAAAUUCCUAGCACAACACGUUAAUAUUUUUGGAGACAGGAUAAGCGGCUUGAGUGCGGCGUAUGUAGAGGGCUAUAAUAACUUGGCUAAAAUUAUGUACAAUAGUCACUCUGUUUUAUUUGAUAGAAAAUUCAAUGGAGCAGUUAUUUCCGACAAUUUGAUUGGAAAUAUUGCAGAUUUUGGUUCAUACUUCUUAGAGAUAUCUCCAAAUACAACUAGAACCAAUAGAAGUGAUUAUCUCAAAUCAGUAGUACUUUCCAAAGUUCAGUAUCUGUUGUCUGCUGAUUUUUCCACCACUGACAACAUCCAAAGGCUCACAAAUUUGGCACUUGCCCUAGGCUAUAACAAUGUCAAAGAAAAUAAUCCUGGCAAUUCCCAACAUUCAAUAACAACCUCCCUCUCAACUGAGCUAUUUUGGUCCUUUGGCAACAAUAUAUUCUUAUUUGGACACUUGGCAACUCUAAUGCUUGCUUAUCUAGAAUCUAAUGCAUAUUUCACAUCUGGUGCGACCAGGCCUUUCUUUUCAUGGCAAACUCUGGUUUCCACUGGUGGUAAUGAGAAAUUUGAUAAACUGGACUCUAUGUGUGGAGUGAUUCGUGGAUCAAAGUAUUCGCGAAAAAACAAUGGAUUUAUCAAGCCACACUACAAAAGAUUACGAAGGAAGACUUUGCUCGAAGGUGAACCGCGUUUGUUGUGCAGCAUGCUGGAAGAGGCUUUGGAUACUGUGGAUAAAGCUAUUAAAUUUAAGGGCGAAGAGCUAAAUUCACAAGGCGCAAAUAUUGAAAAUUCGGUCUCCAAUGACAUCAACAGUAAACGUUUACAGGCGAAACUUUGCUCAAAUUUGAAUGAUUCACUUAUAAACGUGAGCUGUGAUUUUAGAUCAUCAAAAUUGGACAAACACAAUAAGAAAUUAAGAGAGGCAUUUGACUUAUUAUUAGCUUGUGGCAAUUUGAACACUGGUAAAAAGGAGGCAUUUCCGGAAUACUUGAGAUUGAUCUCUAACCCCUUCGAAUACGGCGAUAUUUUUUCCAUGACUAUGUGGUGGGAUCCUAGGGAGUUUGAUGGCAAACAGGGCUGGGUCGAAAUAUACAAAAAGUUGAGGAAGAAUAUUAUGAAACCUGAACUGAAAAAUGUGGACAUGCAACUCAAAUACGACUCGGCAAUUUCUUAUUACAAACAACUGAAGGAAUCGGAAACCUACCCCAAGAAAAACAUUCCAUGGGCUAGAUUAUACCUUUACAUGUCAGUAAUCAUGUCAAGAUCGAACGCUAUGAGUUGGGCUGAGGACGCCCUCCGCUCAUUUAGCAAUCUAUAUCGCAUGAAACCUUCAUUAGUGAUGAGAGGGGAAGGGUUAGAGACUUUGCUCAAUUACUGCGCUCCUGAUCCAGUGGCUUUAUCACACAUAUUCCUCUACCACUUUUUGACAAAGAAAGAUGCCGGUAAAGAUUUGGAAAAAGACUUGAGAAGACUUGAGAAAGGGACACUCCUCUCGCGCAUUGUGAAUUCAUCGUCAAUAUUCAUACCUAAUAAACUAAAGAAAUUCCUUAAAAUGGGCGCUCGCGGAUUUUUCAAUAAAAAACUUAACACUUUGAGAGCAAAGAGCACCCUUCUACGAUUAUUCCCCAAGAAUUUACUACAUUCUGCAUUGGGCGCAAUUGAAUUCACCACACAUUCACUAGCCACGUUACAAAUAUCUAAGAAUAUGGAUAUGUGGGAGAGUUUGGCCCAGACAAAGAAUUUAGAUGCAGGCGGUUUCCCUGGCGAAAUCGAUUCACUGUUUAAUCAUUGGUCGGAAAGUGGUGGAUACAGUGGGUAUAUUACCGGCAAAUUAGAGAAUGGAGAUGAUCUAACGGGCGAUGAUAUCAAAAAAAUGAACAUAAAGGCCCCUAUUAACAAUGAUUCACUCAAUUGGCAAAAGUAUAUCAAUAAAAAAAUAUCCGAGCAUUUUGGCAAAUUUCUAAACCUUCCAUUUAUCCAAGCCUCCGGUUCACAAAAGAACUACAUAUAUCAGCUUGUACGGGAUAGUAAGGCAAACCUUGACGAUAAUUUGGAACAAACUGUGUUCUUUGGCAAAGUGCUUCCCCCAGGAAAAACUAAUAAUGUUAUUAAGAAAUUGAAAAGAAUUGCAGAUUCAUUUACCAGCAUGCUGUUACGUUCUUCUGCUCGUCCUGUUGACCAUGCUGUGUGGGUUGGAGUGAAAAUCAACGUACCUAUUGUAAUUCAUAUUACUAAAAAGUUGUACAUGAUACAGCGUGAUAUGCCUAGGAAGGAAGCGUGGAAUUUGGAAAGUGCUUUCUUGGACCUGUUGCAGGAUCUGGUGAUAAUGGUUACAAACCCGGGGAAGAGAUCUCCGAUAGGGUUUGAAACGAUUGGGGGCAAUCCUGGAUUACCAGAAAUUAGCAUUAGAUACCCUCAUAUGUCGAUUGAGGAAAGGAAGAUUGAAUUUCAACAUUCACAAUGUGCAGAUCAUUGUAUAUCAAUUUGGAGAUCCCUAAUCGCAUUUACACUUAACACACUAAACAAUCCUGCGGCAAUAAAGCAAUUUGAGAAAUCCUUAUCCAGUAAUAGUUCUCUAAACGACAUGUCGAAGCCCGAAUAUAUCAACAGCUUCAAGUAUAUACUAAAAGGCGACUCGGUGUUGCAUAUGUAUGAUAACAUGUUGCCUAGGAAGGUGAAAAGGGAAAUAAAGGCACUAAAGUAUGGUAAGGCAUUCUAUUUUGCCUCAAUUAUGAAAGUGGCAAGUAUGUUGUUUGGGGGUAUGGGUUAUCCAUAUGUAUCACGUAUGCUCAGUAUCCAAGCACCAUAUCUGGGCAAUUUUGUUGUAAAUUGGCAACAAAAACGCAAAUCAUCCAGAAUAGGUGAAAUUUCAGGCUAUAUCGGGUUGGGAUCGAUUGCCUCACAUGCUAUAUUGAGUGGAAUGGAUAUUGCUCAGCACGCAGCUGAUGUUGGGAUUGGUCCGCCUGAAACUUGUUGGUUCGUUCCAAGGCCGCGGCCUGGAAGGAAACUUUGUAUUGCAGAGCCUAUAAAAUCCAUUGCUACAACUGCCACACAAACUGCGGUGCAGGAUGUGUUUUCUGUAGGUCUAAUGGCCAGCAUUGGCCCAUAUUUCAUACUUCCUAUGGCAGGAUUGGCGGCUUGGAGCAUAUUAAAGUCACAGUUUAAGAUUCUGGAUAGGCUGCAAACUGCGUUUACCGGUUUAUUUAGCAAAUUCUUUGCCACAAUAGCCAACGGUAGUGGAAUUAAGAAAAUCAAGAGAUGGUUUGAUAAACGGAAGAUACUGAAGAAUAAGAUUAUAAAUCGUGCUAAUAAAAUAAAAACCGACGGGGGUAAGGUCGAUUCAAAUUCCCUGGACUCACCCCUCUUUGGCACCCUAGCCAUAGACUAA